GACAACACCCCGGCUAGAAUAUGGCACUCCUUUUAUAUAUAUUUACAACAGAGAUUGGGUUGAUAGUUGCUCACCCUAUAUUUAGCUCGAAUUCCAGCGCGGUUAAUUCUACAGCCUUGCAAAUUGAGGUAGCCCUGGGCUGGGUAUCUGGCCCAAAUGGCAGAGACACCUGGAGCAUCCUGUAUAGAUGUGUCUGUACUUUGAUCGCAUGCGUUUAUACCGCAAUUCUUCUGAAUAUUCCGCCUGGUGGAGAAAGUAAAUUUGCCGGUUAUAUGAUGAAAGUAAAGUGGAUACUGAUUGCGUUAUUUGUGGCGGAAAUUGUGGUAUACACUGCCUUCGAACAAUACUACCUUGGCGGCAAAUUCUUGAAGAGUUUACUCUCUAGGGAACAAGAAAAUGAUAAAUCGAAAGAUAACUCCGCAAAGCCAGCUAAUUUGGAUUUCGAUAGAGUUUAUGCAUACUAUGUGACGAUGGGAAGAUUUGCUGCAGACGUGAGCGAUCUUCAUAAUGUCAUUAAAAGAGUAACAUUUACUCCCAAUGGAAUUCGACCUGUCUCCUGCGCCGCUGAGAGCUCCCCCAUAAUGUAUGUGCCGGCUAUUGAAACAGAAGAAAUCGUCUGUACACUGACAACGGGCGAAUCACUAGCAUUAGGGUGUGGUCCUGGACUAGAUGAUAGAUCUGAUAAAGAGACUCAUAGGACAAAGUAUGACAGCCGAUCCAUCACCAUAUCGCUCACCUACAAAGAUGUGAGAAGACUCAAUUUGGCGGGAGCAUACAUAUCGGAAAUGAAUCUCAUGCCAAAGAAGAGAGCUCCAACCAAGAAAAAGAAGAAGACGCAACCACUGUUUAAUGAGCUAGUAGAGGAUAGAUCCUUAGGAAUCUAUAAAUAUGCCACAAGUGGCAUAGAGCAACUGUUGUCACUAAGAGCUGAGAACUUUCGGGGAAAGGUUUUCAAUGAUAUACCAUACGAUGCAACGUAUCUCUCCGCAGCAAUAGCUUUGGUCCCUAUGGUGUAUGGGUGUGCUCAUCUUGGAGCGCUUUCCAUCAUAUGACCGACCGCGAUUGAGCGUUUGCUAUGGAAGAUAUCAUGCUACUACUUAAUUGCUGUAGCUUCUAGCUUUGGAUUAUGGGCUCUCAUAAAAUGUUUCGAUGCACUCAUCAGCCAUGUUCUUGGAUCGUAAGCUACUUUUGUCGAGAAGUUGGAAGCACGAAUCAGGAAUAUUCCAUACAGAACAGCUGGCAAAACUCGGUAUUCAGUUGACGGAGUCUUUUCGUUAUUUAAUUAUGACAAGCUGAUCUUAUUGUAUCUGAGAGUUUCAGCCUACGCUGCUGCUCGGAUGUAUCUGGUGGUCGAGUUUUUCAUUUCGUUGCGUCAUGUGCCAAUUGGUGUUUACUAGACUCCUGAGCUUAAUGUCAUGGGAAAUAUUCCACAUCUUUAGGGCCUCCCA